GCUUUUCUUUUCCUUCCCUCAACGAAUUAUUUCCCUAACUUCUCUUCUUUAUGUUACUUUACUUUCCCUUAUUCUUUCAGCUCCUUACCUUAUUCUUUUUGUCAUGCCCCAGAACCCAAAUCCGAGACGCGACAGACGCCGUGCACUCGUGAGACGGGUCCCACAAAUGCACAAGGCUCGGAACUUAUCACAUUCACACUCUGAUACCAUCAAAAUCUGAAGAUCAAAUUAUAAAAUCUCUCUGAUAUCAUAAAAUCUCCAAAUACAAGAUCAUGAUU